AUGACAGCUCUCCCGAGAGGAAUUGCACUCAUCAUAAACAUCAAGUCGUUUGCUAGUGAUCGGUGGCAAUCUCGCAUUGGGUCCGACAAAGAUGUUCGUGACGCUAAACAGUUGUUUACUGAUCUCGGUUUCAUGGUACGAACGUUAGUGAACCUUUCAAGAAUAGAGCUCCUGAAUGAAGUUGAUGCCAUCUCCAAAGAGGAUCACCAUGCCUAUAAUUGUUUUGUGCUGUUGCUUAUGAGCCAUGGCAAGAGCGGUGUAGUGGUCUGUUCCGACGAUCAAACCUUACCUAUUCAGUCAAUCCUUGAUGUGUUAGCCAAUUGCCAUACGCUGUGGGGUAAACCAAAACUCCUUUUUAUUCAGGCGUGCAGAGGAGAAUUAGAAGAUGUGGGUGUUCCCUUUCGCUCUAGUAACCUGGUCAGUCAAGCUGAAGUUGAUUCCCCUAUUGAUAAAGAAAGGCAACCGGAAACCAGAGUACCUACCUAUGCAGAUUUUCUGGUAGCUUCUUCCACAGUCGAUGAUUAUGUCUCCUACAGGGGUGAUGUUGAUGGAAGCUACUAUGUCCGCUGUCUCGUUGAAGUCUUUCGAGAACGAGUGUCUUACCUCCACCUUAAUGACAUGUUGACGAUAGUUAACAACAGAGUCAGUAACAUGGAAGCCCCGCGGCAAUCAACAAACAGAAAUGAAUACAGACUCGGUAAACAAAUACCUGAAGUUAGACAUACUUUGCGGAAACAAGUCCGUUUCUAG